AUGUCAGGAUCAGGAGCUUCAGGAAACAAAUUCCGUAUGUCAUUGGCUUUGCCAGUUGGUGCCGUUAUGAACUGUGCCGAUAACUCUGGUGCUAGAAACCUUUACGUCUUGGCCGUUAAAGGUACUGGUGCCAGAUUGAACAGAUUGCCAGCUGCUUCAGCUGGUGAUAUGGUCAUGGCUACCGUUAAGAAGGGUAAACCAGAAUUGAGAAAGAAGGUUAUGCCAGCUAUCGUUGUCAGACAAGCUAAGCCAUGGAGAAGAAGAGAUGGUGUCUACUUGUACUUUGAAGAUAACGCUGGUGUUAUUGUCAACCCAAAGGGUGAAAUGAAAGGUUCUGCUAUCACUGGUCCAGUUGCUAAGGAAUGUGCUGAUUUGUGGCCACGUAUCGCAUCUAACUCAGGUGUUGUUGUUUAA